CCCAGCCUCCCCCCCCACCCCCCCGUUCAUGGCCCCUCCGGACUCGGCCCCUGCGCCCGGGGCCCGGGCCCAGCCCCGUUGCGCCAUGUCCGCGUCGGGCGCGCCCUGGCCCGCGCCCCGCCGCCGCCCCCCGGCUCCCGCGUCGCCCCAUAGCCCGGGCCGCACUGCGCGCCGCCCGCAGCGGCCGUGAGCCCCUAUCCCCGCACGCUGCCUGGGAACCGGAGCGCAGAAGCGCGCGCGCCUGGAAGCGAGACCCAGAGAAGGAGCGGGAAGCAGAGCGCAGUCGCCGCCGGGCCCUGCGCGCCCCGGGAGCGCAGCGCGGCCCUGCCCGCGGGCUCCGGGUGUCCGCGGGGCGGCGCCGCGGAACAUGACGGCGCCCUGGGCGGCCCUCGCCCUUCUCUGGGGAUCGCUGUGCGCCGGUUCCGGGCGAGGGGAGGCUGAGACUCGGGAGUGCAUCUAUUACAACGCCAACUGGGAGCUGGAGCGCACCAACCAGAGCGGCCUGGAGCGCUGCGAGGGGGAACAGGACAAGCGCUUGCACUGCUAUGCCUCGUGGCGCAACAGCUCGGGCACCAUCGAGCUGGUGAAGAAGGGCUGCUGGCUAGAUGACUUCAAUUGCUACGACAGGCAGGAGUGUGUGGCCACUGAGGAGAACCCCCAGGUGUACUUCUGCUGCUGCGAAGGCAACUUCUGCAACGAGCGCUUCACCCACUUGCCGGAGCCUGGGGGCCCAGAAGUCACGUACGAGCCACCCCCGACAGCCCCCACCCUGCUCACGGUGCUGGCCUAUUCGCUGCUGCCCAUUGGAGGCCUCUCUCUCAUCGUCCUGCUGGCCUUCUGGAUGUAUCGGCAUCGAAAGCCUCCGUACGGCCAUGUGGACAUCCACGAGGUGAGACAGUGCCAGCCUUGGGCAGGGAGAAAGGUUGGCCGUGCAGGCUCCCUGAAGCCCUUGCUUUUCCAGGACCCUGGGCCUCCACCCCCGUCCCCUCUGGUGAGCCUGAAGCCACUGCAGUUGCUGGAGAUCAAGGCUCGGGGUCGCUUUGGCUGCGUUUGGAAGGCUCAGCUCAUGAACGACUUUGUGGCUGUGAAGAUCUUCCCACUUCAGGACAAACAGUCGUGGCAGAGUGAACGGGAAAUCUUCAGCACACCCGGCAUGAAGCACGAAAACCUGUUGCAGUUCAUUGCUGCCGAGAAACGAGGCUCCAACCUGGAGGUGGAGCUGUGGCUCAUCACGGCCUUCCAUGACAAGGGCUCCCUCACGGAUUACCUCAAGGGGAACAUCAUCACGUGGAACGAACUGUGCCAUGUGGCAGAGACGAUGUCACGAGGCCUCUCGUACCUGCAUGAGGAUGUGCCGUGGUGUCGUGGUGAGGGCCACAAGCCUUCGAUUGCCCACAGGGACUUCAAAAGCAAGAAUGUACUGCUGAAGAGUGACCUCACCGCCGUGCUGGCUGACUUUGGCCUGGCUGUUCGGUUUGAGCCAGGGAAGCCUCCAGGGGAUACCCAUGGACAGGUUGGCACCAGACGGUACAUGGCCCCCGAGGUGCUGGAGGGAGCCAUCAACUUCCAGAGAGACGCCUUCCUGCGUAUCGACAUGUACGCCAUGGGCCUGGUGCUGUGGGAGCUCGUCUCUCGGUGCAAGGCUGCCGACGGGCCUGUUGAUGAGUACAUGCUGCCCUUCGAGGAGGAGAUUGGCCAACACCCUUCGCUGGAGGAACUUCAGGAGGUGGUUGUCCACAAGAAGAUGAGGCCCGCCAUUAAGGAUCACUGGCUGAAGCACCCGGGCCUGGCCCAGCUCUGCGUGACCAUCGAGGAGUGCUGGGACCACGAUGCAGAGGCUCGCCUCUCUGCAGGCUGUGUGGAGGAGCGGGUAUCCCUGAUCAGGAGGUCGGUCAACGGCACUACCUCGGACUGUCUGGUCUCUCUGGUGACCUCCGUCACCAAUGUGGACCUGCUCCCUAAAGAGUCCAGCAUCUAAGCCCGGGACACUAGCGUCUCUCCAGACUCAGUGGAUCUGAAGAAAAACAAGGAAAAAAAAAAGUUGUGUUUUGUUUUGGAAAUCCCAUAAAACCAACAAACACAUAAAAUGCAGCUGCUAUUUUACCUUGACUUUUAUUAUUAUUAUAAUUAUUAUAAUUAUUAUUAAUAAUAUUAUUUUUGGAUUGGAUCAGUUUUUACCAGCAUAUUGUUCUACUGUA